AGGAGAUUAACGAGUGUUAUGGCAAGAUGGCCUCCCUUCCAUCUCCCACCCAGGUGGCGGGAGACCAGGCAGGAGUAUUUGAGGCCUGGUACAGGAAAGUAGACCCAAGUGGUGGAGGCACAAUCCAGGCUGGCACUGCUGCUGAGUUCCUCAAGAAAUCUGGACUUAAUGACAACAUUCUUAGUCGAAUAUGGGACCUGAGUGAUCCUGGGGGUAAAGGCUACCUAGAUAAGAGUGGCCUAUUUGUAGCAUUAAAGAUGGUGGCAUUGGUACAAAGUGGAAAGGAACCCUCCGUUGGUAAUAUCCACCUCCCCACAGCUCCCCCCAAUAUGGGUGAACCUCCUCCUCAUCCACCACCACCAGUAAAACCCCCACUGCCCCACCAAGCACCUGCCACAGCUGCAGUUGGGGUUGCUCCUGCAGCUGCUACGGCUGUCUGGAUGAUAACUCCUACAGACCGGGCGCGCUAUGACCAAAUAUUUAAUUCCUUGGGACCAGAGGCAAAUAAACUACAUGGCAAUAAGGUUAGAAGUGUGAUGCUCAAUUCUAAGCUUCCCAUGGAAAUACUGGGCAAGAUAUGGGAUUUAUCAGACAUGGAUAAAGAUGGCUCUCUUGACCGGGUAGAAUUUUCUCUUGCGAUGCAUUUAAUAUACAAGGUUUUAGAAAACAAUCCCUUGCCACCGUCUGUGCCACAAGAAAUGCUGUCCAGUGCACAACGGGCUGGUGUAGCGCAAGGCCCAGUACCAGCACCCCUUGCACCACCCUCCCAGGUGACACCGACAAAUGUUGCUAAACAGCAGCCUAGCAAGGACAACUUAGCCUGUGAGGUUGAAGCCACCUUGGGGACUCCUGCAGAAAAACCUUCAGGUCCUCCUCCAGCACCUUGGGUGAUCAGUGCAGCAGAAAAGGCCAGAUAUGAUGUUAUGUUUCAUAAUGCUGACCUUGAUAAGGAUGGCUAUGUAAGUGGGCAAGAGAUUAAAGGAGUAUUUCUUCAGUCUGGUCUCCCACAGAUGGUUCUAGCACAUAUAUGGAAUCUAUGUGAUAUGAAACAGACUGGAAAGUUAACAUCAGAACAAUUUGCUCUGGCCAUGUGGUUCAUCCAACAGAAGUUAGCAGGCACAGACCCACCAGCAGCUCUCACCCCAGAGAUGAUACCUCCCACAAUGAGACCCAAGCCCUCCUCAGAGUCCAAUGUGGUGCCAGCUAAGCCUCAGUAUAGUAAUCCGGAACUUCAGCUUGUUGCUGAUGAGAUUGAGGAGCUAAAUGCAGACAAGCUCAAAUUAGAGUCUGAGAUUCAUCAGAAAGAGGCGAACAUUAGGGUUAAGAAUAAUGAAUUGAAAAACUUGCAGACCGAACUCGACACAUUGACGUCAACGUUACGGCAAUUAGAGCACCAAAAAGGUGCAGCUCAACAAAGGCUUGAUGAUCUUGGGAAUCAGAAAAAGAUCCUAGAGGGAGAACGGAAUGACCUCCAAGCCAUGAUUGAGGCCGAACAAGAAGAGGUGGCCAAACUACGAAGCCAGGUGGAGGAGCAGGAGACCAGUCUGAAGGCUCAAGAAGAGGAGGUUUUGUCCAAAAGGCAAGAACUAACAGACCUCAAGAAUCAGGAGAACCUGUUGGAGGAGACUGUGGCCACCAUGAAGAAGAGGAUAGAUGAGCUCUGUAUUACUCAACAAGAUACACAGCUUCACAUAUCACAAGCACGUAUAAAAAUCUCAGAGUUACAAGAACAAGAGCGACAAAUGACUGAAGUUUUAACAUCGUAUGAUUCCGCCAUUUCCUCUGGUGAUGCGUCGUCCUUGUCCGAGUCCUCCCUCAGAGAAGUCACUCCUACUUUCUCGGACCCCAGCUACCUCCAUAUAGGUCCAUCUCCAUCCACAAGCCCUCAGGAAUCGCCCAAAGAUUCUACACCACCCCAGCAGAAUGGUUUGCCUUCCCAGGAGACUGAUAAUAAUCCUAAAGCCAAAGAUACCUCAUUCUCUGGGGGACAUGAUCCAUUUGCUGCAGCUUUUGGUGGACAACAAAAUCAUGUGGAUGUAUUUGGGUCUUGGGAUGAAAGGAGAGCAGCAGCAGCAGCAGCUGUCCACAAUCCACCUCCAGCAAGUGACCCAUUUGGAGGUGAUGCCUUUGCCUCCCAAGGAAAGGGUGUUAAUGAUCCAUUUGGGGGUGAGCCAUUCAGUUCUGGGGGUGGGCCUCCACCAAGACCUGAGAGUCCCACUCCGGCUCUUCCACCAAAGAAAUCUAAACAGCCGCCACCGAGACCUGCGCCUCCCAAGACUCGGCCAGUAAAGCCACCCCCUCCACAGAUCAAUUCCAAUAACAACCCAACCACAAAUCCUACUACAAAAACUACAACAAACACUAACUCAAAUACUGUCUCCAAUGACCCAUUUGUGGGGGGUUGGGGAGACAAUAAAGCUGCAAACCCAACAAAUAAUGGUGGCUUUGCAGAUUUUGCCAACUUUGCUGAUUUUGAUACAAAGUGUUCCAAGGUAGUCGUCACCAGCAACUGCGCAUCGCCUUGGGGGGAUGACGAAAAAUUUGCAUCAGCCACCAAACAUGCAGCAUCGGGGGAUGAAGACCCCUUCAGUUCACCAUUCUCAACGACGAAGGGAAACUUAAGAAGCAGUGAUAACUCCCCUUGGCCUCAGGAUGCCUUUGGAUCAUCAGGGUUCACCUCUGAUGAAGGAUUUGGAGAGUCUUGUGUAUUUGCCCAAAAUGAUGCAUUCACUGAACCAUCUGGAGCUCCUGAUCCUUUUGGCGGGGAUUAUGACCCCUUUAAGGAUCAGGACUUUAAGGAGGCUGAUAAAUUUUCUUGGGAAGAUGAACCAGACCCCUUUAGUACAUUACCUGUCAGUUCAGAAGUAAAUACUGACAAUCCUGUUGAUAAUACAGCAUUCAGAAAGACUGAUCCUUUUGGUUUCAGUGUUAAUGAAGAUGAUGCUGAUGCUAAUGCUAAUGUGUUCACUGAAUUUUCUAGUAAAGAAUCAUAUAAAUUUUCUUUAAGCAAUGCAGAUCAAUAUGAUUCAAACGAGAAUAACCGAUCAAAGUCUGCUAUUGGGGAUCCAUUCUUCCAUCAGACAAAAGAAACUAUCCCCAUGCGAUCCAAAACUUCGCUUGGUGAACCACGGAAUGCUAACUUUGAUUUUGAUCCAUUUUCAACAUCAAAAGUAACAAAAGCAGAGAAGAACAAAUGGAAGAGUAAUGAGGACCUAUUAAGUGAAACAUUUGCUCCGGAUGAUAGUUGGGGAAGUACCGGCAAGCUUGGAUCAGUUGGUAACGCAGCCAGCCCCUUUGGUGACAGCUUUACCAGCAAACCUUUGAAUAAGGGCACUCCCCAGCAGUCUCACCUGGUGACAGAAGAUGAACAGCUAGCUUGGGCUGCCCAGGAGAGCAUUAGAAUGGAAGAGUAUCGGAAACAGCAGGAAGAACAAGAACGAGCAGAGCUGGAGUUAGCGCUCACUCUCUCACGUUCCAUAACCCAUUCUCCAGCCCAGCCUCACUCCUCACGGUCACCAUCAACAGGCCUCUAAGCUAGGGACAUAGGAAAGUCAAUUGUACAUAUGUCUAAAAAAAUAUUAUAGUAUGAUGAAAUUGUUAUGAUAUUAAUGUUGAAAUUUAGAUUAUAGUAUAGUUGUUUUCUUGUUUAAGAGUUCUGUAGUUUUGGAAUUUAUUGCAGCUUUGUUAUAAGGAAAAUCAUAUAAUUUGGCUAGCUUAUAUGUAUUGAAAUGCAAAUACAGUAUACACAUCUUGCAAGAGGUAUUGUUCUCUUUCUGCAUUUCUUACUUUAAUGUGUUAUGUGUUUCAUAUAUGUGAAGAAAACAUGGUAACUAAACUAUCACACGAAAGAUGCUGACCAAGAUGUGCUCUAAUGUCAAAAAUUAAAUAUAUUAUUUUCAAUCUUUAUCCUUUCAUUCAUUGAUGGGUACAGAAAAAAUUGCUCUUGAUAUUCAUAGUUUGCCAUUGCACACACAUUUAAUUAUUAUGUAAAAUGGCCAGUCUUUGUAUUUUGACCUUUGUGAAAAUGAACAGUAACGGUUAGCUGAAAUAAGAUAAAAAAAUAUAAAUAAAUAAAAAGCACUGGAUUUAUAUAAUACCGUGCAUGGCCUCUCCCAUUUUGCAUUAAUAGCAAAGAAGAAUACAGCUUUGCAUUUGGAGGCCCGUUCAUUGAAAUUUACUUGCAAUAAAUUCAAAUAUAAAAUUUGGGUGUGUGUGUUGGAGUGCCAUUACCAGGUAUAGGAUGGCUGAUGCCAGUGAUAGUCCUACAUAAGCUUGUAACAGACCAUUCCCAGUGUCUCCAAAGGAUCAAGUCUGGAUUCAGGUUUUGAUAUAUUUUUGUAAUUGUGUGAUUAGUUUCUUGAUAUUGUAAAUAUUUUUGUCUUGUUUUUCUCGACACGAAGAUUUGAUUUUUAUUAUUCAUCACGAUUUAUAGAAUUGUUUAAGGUAUCAAUGACAGAAGUGUGCUCUGUGCAGAAUUUCAUAUCACCAAAAAAUGUGCUCAUAAUUAUUGAAUUUUAUGAUGUGUAGUUGCAUGUAUGAUAUUAUGGUCUUAUUUUAUUGAGAUGUAUUAUUUCAUUACUGGCUUUGAAUGGAAAAGUUAAUACCUCCUUGAGUAUUGAUUUUUCUUUUGUUUUUUCUGUAAAUUGUGAAUUGUAUGUAAACUUAUUUUAUUUUUGUAGUUUCUUGAAGGAAGUUUGUCAUAUUUGUUUUAUAUAGUAAUUUGGAGUUAUUUUAAUCAAUUUUUUUCAUGCGAUGUCAUUCAAAAGCAAUGUUUAAAUACCUUGUAAUUGAUAUGGACAUGAAAUAAUGGAAACAUUGUUUUAACACCCAAAUUAAGCAUGAAGGUGAAGAAGGAUUCAUUCCUGUAUAGCCUUCUUGCUUAUGUCUUCCAAGAAACAAUAUCUCAUUCCUCCUGGCCCCACACUUUGUUUCCUUGGGCCAUGGUCCUCUACCUCGAACUCUACCGAUUAUUGUAGGUGCUUUCUGUGUCCCUGUCAAAUUGGCAACAAAAAGUUUUCUAAGUGCCAACCACAUGGGAGAACUGGUGGCCAGCACGUUGGAGUGACAGUAGCUUGGUAAUUGACAUCAUGAGGUACAGCGUCGCCAGGGAUGAAAUUACCACACUCAAUCAAUCAAUCAAUCAUGAGGUACAGGAGGGGGUUGGCUGACCAGGCUUCUACAUUUCUGUUGACUUCCAAAACUGACUGUUGGGGGUCAUUCAUUGAGAUUUUGAAUAUCAGGGAAUUCUUUAUGCAGUUAUUAAUUUUGUGUAACAACUAACCCAAUUUGAGAAAUAUAUUUGUAAAGUAAUACUAUCAAGAUCUUAAAGGAAAGCAUGGUUUCAUAUAGCUCGAAGUCAAUUAAAAUUCUUGGCAGAAUUAGGAUCAUUGUACGGUACUUGUGGCAUACCAUCGUCUUCCACAGACCCAAUAUGGAAGUGGGUUCUAAUCUACUCUGCAGUUUGCAUGCCAGCAUUCAAAACUUUUUGCUGAAUUUCAACAUAAUAUUUAUCUGUAUUGAUUAUUUUGCAGUUAAUCAUAGCUGUUGGAUUCCCAGCCAUUGUUUUAGUGUAUUAUAGCAACACUAUAAUAAUAAUAUCUCAGUUGAUUGAUUCUUGUCCUCAUGUCCAGCAGUCAAGUGCUUAGUGAAAGUAUCACCCGUCCUAGUUGUUUCAUCGAGAGAGCGAGCGCUGCAUUACUGUCCAUGAUGCAUUUUGUUGAAAGUUUUUGCAUUUUAAGAGAGAUGGUAUUGCUGUGUGUGCAGAGAAUAUAGUGAGCACCAUAUUUGGGAGACACUUUGUAGUGUGGCAUAAAAUGACUGUUGGGGUAAUUUUUUCACUACACCUGGCCUUUUGGGUAUUAUUGCCUGAUCAUUUUGAUAAACCUGUAACAGCCAAGGGACUUGUAAAUUCAUUAAGACUGGACAACGAGUAUUUUUAAAUUUGCAACACUUGCCUUUGUUAAACAAAACUUAUGUUUGGUACAAACUCUGCAUGUUCAUAGUAAUAAUUGGUAAUAUGUAGUGACACAGUAAAAAGUUACACUAAAAGUGGUUGCAUUGAUGAACAAUGUUGUAUGUAUGAUGUAAAAUGCCUUACUGGUUCCAGGAAGUUGUGUUGUAGCUGAAUUUUGUGGUGUAUAAAGUGAAAUGUCCAGGUGUAACUGGAAUCUAUUUCUCCCGUUUCUUUGUAAAUGUAUCUGUGAAAUACUCGUGUACGGAGGUAGUGUACCAUUAAGCUAAUGUAAAAAGGUAUAGAAAUGUAUAUUAGUGGAUUUCCCCAAACCCUUCUUCACCCAUUCCUAUUCCCUUCUCUCCUUAAAGUUGUUAUUGAAAGUGUAUUUUGAUGAGGAACAUAGAGAGUGCAUUUGUUAGGCCAAAGACAGUACUGUAGUGAGAGGCACAUAACUAGCAAGUGGUCUGUGGUGGAGAGUGCUCAGGUUGUGGCCUGAUCUAUUUCUUUGAAAUUAGUGUAUUAUUUAUCUUGUCCCAUUUAAAAUUAUCAUGUCUUAAGCAGGUGUGGAAGAAACAUUGUACUUCUCUAGUCUGUAAAAAACAACAAUUGAAUCUGAUUUUGUGAAGCCUCAAAAUCGUCAGUCACAUCAAAAGAAACCAUGUUAUCAGUUUAUAUAAACUGAACCAGUUAACCCAAAUGAGAAAGUGGGGUUGGUCAUACUAGUCCAUUUUUUAGUGUCCAUUCAUGAGCUGAAACAAACAGGAAUAUUGAAUGGAAAGUAUUAAAAGAAAGAAGCAUAAGUAAGCUCAUAUUUGUCUCCAAACUUCAUGUGAGUAUGUAAAGUAAUGACAGUUGAGAAUGGCACUAGCUUAAUAUUCUUUGUCGUGCAGAAUAUGUAAAAAUGUGAUUUUAUUGAAAAAUAGUUUCCAUACAGUGAUAUUUUCUUGUAUUGUAAGAUGUUUGGUAUACAGUACUGUAAUCUGCCAUUAUUUGGACAAAGGACAUGGAAUAUUGCUGUAAACAAGUUCACUUUUCUUGAGGUUAAAGAACUAUACCUUUAAUUUAAUCGAGUUUCAUCAAGUACAGCCUAAAAUACCGUGUUCAUCUUUUUAAGUGAUUGACGAGAGGCUUGGACUAGUAGCAUUAGUAAGAUUAGACUUGGCUGGGAUAUGUAUUUAAUUUUGGACUCUCUUAUGUUAUGAAGCUUGAGGCCAAGACAAUUAUAUGUACCCUUCCUAUGGCACUCAUUUUUUAUUGGAUGUGUAAGUGUCUUUUCAUACAUCUGUUAUUCAUUGUAUUUUUAGGUUUUAUAUUUUUGGACGAGUUUUCAGCGCAGUGUGCUGAACAUCUCGCAGUCUGUCGCCUUACAUGUACAUGUUGUCAGUAUUACAUCAUCAGUAUCAAGGACAGCUGGUGGUGGUUGGUAAAUGGCAUGAGUCAAUUUAGAUUUUUAAAGAGUACAGGUAUUUUGUAUUUAAUUGAAUAGUUUAUUUUUUAAAUAAACUAUAAAGCAUACAUUUUAAAGGAUGUUUUUAAGUCUAUGUAAUGUACUUUAGUUUCAAAUUAUAAUUUUAGAAAGGGAUACACUGAAAUUCUGACUUGUAGUUAACACUUAGAGGAAAAAUACUGAAGCUCUUACAUUGUAACAUACUGUAUACUAAUAGCUUGCAUGCAUGUGCCCCCAUUUCAAUAAUACUCAUUUCACCAGGUAACCAAAGCAAUCAGUAUAAUGUGUAUUACGAAUAUACUUUAAUUCCCAAAACCGUAUCACAUUACAUAAUAGCGUCAUCACUUUUUUAGUUAGGGAUCCACAAUUUCAGAAUGUAAAAAUUUAAAGGUACACUUUGUAUUGCCCAUAGACAGAAUAUGAACCACACACACCUUGGGAAUGUGGUAUGGUUUUGCGAGUUGUAGGUCAUGACAACAUUGAACAGUUACUGGCUUAGCCUUACUAUUCACACUGAUAUUACCUUGCCUCUGCUCUAAAUUCAUAGGUGCAUUUAUGAACACUUUUAUAUGAUACAGUAUACAGGUAUUCCUAAUUAUGUUCACAUUGAAUUUGGCUUAAGUAAGAGUUUUAUGUUCAUAAACAAAAUAUACAGUGCAUAUUUAAUUUAAUUUUACUUUUUAAUUGAAAUUAUAAACUAAACAGUUGGUCUGGAGAAAUUUUUAGCCACUUUAUCACAUUUGGUGUAGCUGUAAUGAUGUAUCGAGACAUUAAAUUUUGCAAAGCAUUUAUGAUUAACAUUAGGUCGAGUACAUUGACUGGGUGCAAUAUCAAAUAAGGUUAUACGGUACUUUCAUUCAUGUGAUUAUGUAGUGUCGUAGAUUAUCAUGAUCCAAGUCACAUGAACUCUUAGAACACUUUGGAGAGAUGUCCCCCCUUGAUGAAGAUUUCAUCAUACUUUAUACACAAUCAUUUUACACAGUUCCUCUCUGACACAGCAGUUUUUCCAAGUUCAAAUUACUUAUUUUCUUUACUCACAUUCUUAAAUAUUGACAAGUGGAGAUGGAUGCCAUGGCUCGUGCGACCAACUGACUGUUUGCCAAGUGAUUGAAUUGCAAAAUGUGUUCAUUAUGCUAUAUAGUUUAGCAGAAUUGAGAUGCUUUCAUGAUUUGGGUGGAGCAGUAUGCAUGGUUUGAGGUUGAUGCUCUAUUUAUAACUUGGCCAUAACAGUAUCCUCCCAGGUAAUGUAGCUACUCUUCUGCCUUACCAAUCGUGUGCCACCACCACCCUGUUCCCUGCUCCCAGGCCUGGCCUUCUCUUACCACUGGAGGGCUUGUUACACUUGUGACCACUGCUUUCCUUAUACUUAUUCCACUGUAAACUAUUGGUUGUCAGUUGUCUGUAUGUGAAUUGUAAUAAUAGAAAUAUUGACACUACGCCAGGGUGAUCCGAGUGACAUUGUAUAUUCUAUGCUCCAGUGGUGAUGAUAAGAAUUGGUGCCUGAGUGCGUUGCCUUUAUCUCAGACUGUCAAUGUUUCUGAUUUAUUUUGAGCCUGUAUCAAGCGUGUACACUUGUGUUCUCAACAUGCUUCAUUAGGAAACUCUGUAAGAUGUUUAUCAUAUAAUAUAUGAUUGGUAAACACUGUGUUCUACUUUCAUUGAUUUUGGAUCUUGCGAUUAAACUUUGUUAGCACAAGAAAAUGGGGGCUAUUUUGUUUUCAGUGGAAGUAAAUUAACAGUUUGUUUGACGUUAAGGUUGGUGUUGCUUCCCCCACACCAACUUGGGAAUAUUCCCCAGAUACUACCAGAGAGGGAAGCCCGUGGUUUCUCCUGUCUAUCAGUCGUGUUGUUCAGUGUCACCGUCAUGUUAUCUCAAUGUAAAUAAUGCUUAAUAAACAAACACGUUCACCA